ACUCUGUUGCCAUGGUGACGUUGGACAAACGCUGCAGUUCUCUGAAGCGUCUCAUCUCCCAGCCAGCUCGAUGCGUCUGUAUUCUUGAGCUCAUAACCGUAAAAACGGUUCCGCUACACAACAAGAACCGUGCGGUACGGGAGCGGUAAACCGGUAGCCAGCGGAGGGCGCUGUCUAAUGGCUGACAGCUGAUUAAUAUGUGUUGAGACGUUCUAACCUCUUAUUUAGUACAUUAGAUUGCUAUCCUGUUUUUUCAGAUAUCAUCACGUCUCAGUGAGUUGUGACGGUCUAGCUGGACGUUUGUGAGCAGCACUUUUAAAACAAGGACUCAAAAAACUCAAGUUUUCUUUUCUGCUUUAACUGAAGAAGAAGCAACCCUGAUCUCCUGAUUUGUUGAUAUCCGUUACCAUGGCAGCAGGAGCUGUUUUACCUCCACUUAUCAUUCCCAUCAUCUACCUGCCAACUCAUCGAGCCAAGAAGCACAUCGAUACCACAACACCUGUCUCCAUCCAGUCAGACUCUGCAGGUGUGCUGAUCUUCUAUACGUUGGAUGGGUCGAAGCCAGAGCUGGGGCAGAGAGGGGCAGCUGGCAGCAGCAGGAAGUACACAGAGCCCAUCCUGCUACCUGCUGGUCGGGUGUCUGUCAAAGCUGUGGCUGUCACCAGUGAUGGCAGACAGAGCUCUGUGGUGACCAAGGUCUUCUCAGUGGUUCAACUGGAUUCAGGCAGCACUGUGGAGAACCAGAAUAGUCUGCAGAACCACUUGAAGCCUGAUGGAACUUGUGAUUCUGCUGAGAAAUCACUUGGUUCUCCACAAAGAUCUGUAGAGCUGACGGUGAGGGGACAGCUGGGCUCCAAGACCCCUUCCACCACAUGGAUCAGUUCGUCCCAGACAAACCAGACUGAUUCAUAUGAACUGAAGCAGAUGAACAGCACGGAGGCCACCCGAGUGCAGCGACAGACCAACUUUCUCCGGUGUGCUCGAUGUCUCAGCGCUCGUCCAUCAGACCCCUUUGCUAGGUUUUGCACUCAUUGUGGAGAAGAAAUUCCACAGUUACCCAGUCAGAGGCUGCCUCCUGCAGAGGGAGGACAGAUGCUGCUGUGUGUCAGCUGUAAAUCCAUGGUUCCUGCCAAUACUCCAGUCUGCUUGGUUUGUGAAGCGCCAAUCGAUUUGCAGCUGCAGCCUAAGGCUAGCCUGUCACCACAGGAUCAUGUGGUUUGUGUUUCUUGUGGAAGUGGGAAUCCACCUCACGUCUCCAGCUGUUUGGCCUGUGAGAACCACCUGCAGCAGACGAUGUGUGGUGGGAACAGCACCCCCUCUGUCCUGGCAGCAGACCAGAUGCUAUCCUGCUCCAGAUGUGAAAGACUGAACCGCAGCGAUGCCAGAUUCUGUGACUGGUGUGGAUCCAAGCCCACUCAUUUACUCAGGUGUGUAACGUGUUGCCGAUGCGGAGCAAGUGGACACCCGUAUGCAUUCUAUUGUGCUUGCUGUGGCAGCUUUCUUAAAGGGCCAGACCCGCCCACAUCCUUUGGUGAUGUCAUACAACCGAUCACGUGCACCACAACAAAUCAGUCCCCAGCUAGGCCAUCAUUAAGCCCCACCCCCAAAGUGAAGAUAACUCUGCCCAGUGUGGACCAGUCUACACAGACUGUAGGACUCUAUUUCCCAUCAGCCACAGAGCUGCAGAGGAAGAAGCAACAGAUCAUGCUAGAAGAGGUCACCAGACGACUGGUGACCAGAGUCCGCUGUCCACCUGUGACAGCCAUUAGCCCAGGCCGAGGAUACUGGAGGCAGCAGCUAGAUCAUGUGUGUGCUAACCUGAGAAGUUAUGCUCAGAACAACGCCCCCUUCAGGGCUGUCCUGGGAGAGCCUCGACUGGGCCGGGUUGUUUCCGCUGUGCUUCAAGAGGACCCUCAUGAAGUCAGCCUGACCAUCACCUUCGUGUCAGCAGGACAGAAGGAACAGCAGGUUGGCUCUGAUGACGACUGUGGUGAACCGUCGAGUGGAGGACCAGGACCAGUGGGUCAGACUGAGACUCUGAGCAGAGUGACUGAGCAGUCCGCUGAUAGCACCCAUCUCAGAGGUGAUCAGCUGUCAGGUAUGAUAAAACCAAAACUAAACCAGGCACCCACACCUGCGAUGGCCAACAGUCAGUUGCUGAAAGAGCUGGGUCAGGGUAGAGGUCGUAUCAGCAUCAUCCAACAGCUCCUGGAUCAGGGGGCGGAUCCAUCCUGCUGUGAGAGCAGAGGCCGACACGCACUGGUAGUUGCUGUGAGGAAUGGUCACCAUGACCUACUUCCUGUUCUGGUGCAGCGAGGCGCCAACGUGAACCAGCAGUCUGGGCCGAUGAAGAACACAGCUCUUCACGAAGCUGCUGCUCUGGGUUCUGAUGGUCUCCAGAGCGCCGAGCUCCUGCUCAGGUGUAAGGCGAGCGUGACGCAGAAGAAUGCUGCUGGUCUGACGGCGAGUGACAUGGCGAUGAGCUCCGGUUGCAGUGAGCUGGUGUCUCUGAUGGCUGCUCGGACUGGACUGGACUUUCUGGACAAACUGGGACGGUCCUGAUAGUCUGUUGGGUUUAUGGUGUCUGUCUGACGUAGUUCCUCGCCAUUGUUGAUCUAAAGCCGAAGCUCAGAGAACCAAAGGUAAAGGAAGUCCAAUUUCUGCUAGAUAGAACCUGGUUCUGAAAGAUCACCAUUUGGUGAUGAUGUAACUAUGGCUCGUUUACCAACCCACAGUCUACAGUUAAAAAUAAAAGAUGAUUGUGUUGCA